UUAUUUAACAUGUGUUUAGUGAUUUUAUGUGCAAGAAAGUAUUAAAUGUUUUGUUGUAUUUCAGUUUUCAGUUGAAUUUGUAGUAAACAAUUUUUUUAAUUUUUUCCUUGUUUAUUUAUUUAAUUUAAAUAAAUUUUUUUUUUUAAUUUUUAAAGUUAAGUGAAACUGGAAGUGCUUGAACAUAAUGGGGGGUAGACAAUCUAAACGAUCUGUCGAUAUUACAACGACGCAAAAGAAAGGUGAUGAAGAAGUUGCAACGUCUGGAGUAGGUGAAGGUGAAGGUCGUGUUGAAAAAAUUAAUGAAGAUGUUGAUCAAUUAAAAGUCAGUGCGAAUGGUGCUUUACAUACAGAAAUAGAUAUUAAGGAUAAAGAAAAAUCGGGUAGUAAAGAAGCGAUAGUUGAAAAUGGUGUAUCAGAUUCAGAAGAUGCAAAAACACCGGAAGGUGACAAAUCAGUAUCAGAAGAAUUAAUAUCUGAAGAUAAAUCAAUUGAAAAAUCAACAGAAUCAAUUGAUGAAAAAGCUUCCGAUGAAAAUACGACGGAGGGCAAAAAAGGCAAAAAAGAUAAAUUAAAAAAGAAAUGGUCAUUUAAAAAUAUUUCAAGUACAUUUAGUAGAAAAGAUAAAGCAAAACCAAAUAAAGAUGCUGAUAAAAAUGGUGAUGUUAAAGAACCACUUCCAGAAGAAGUAGCGGAUGAAAAUGCAGCAAAAAAUGUAGAAUCAACCGAACAACCAAAAGAUGAAGCUGCAGCACCAACGGAAGGUGGUGUCGAUACCGUAGAAGCACCUAAAGAAAAUUCAGAAGCACCUAAAGAAGUUGAAAAAGUUGAAACUAAACCUGAAGUAGCUGCCACACCCACAGAAGUUACAGAAGUACCGAAAGAUGCGCCUGUUGCUGAACCAACACCUGUUGAAGAACCUGCUAAACCUGUAGAAGAACCAAAAGUAGAAGAAAAAGAAAAGGAAGAACCUAAACCUGUAGAAAAACCUGUAGAGGAACCACCUAAAGAGGAACCAAAACCUGUAUCUAAUGACGAAUCAGUAGCUGAACAGGUCACAGCUCCUGCUGUUGAAAAGGUUGAUGAGGUGGCUGCUAUCCCAGAAAAAGAGGUAGCAGCUACUGACUCAACAAAAGAAAUUGUUGAGAAUUUGUCAUCAGAAUCCAUUGCUUUAACUAGUAACACUGACCUACAACAAACUAAUAGCUCUAAUUUAACUGAAGAUAAAAAUAGCAUAGAAAAACCAGACGAGCUAAAGGAGCUUAAUGUUGCUUCUGAAAUUAACAAAAACUCACCUGUUUCUGAAACUAUUAGUCAAUUACAAGCACCGCCAGCUGUUGAAUCUGUUCCUUCUCUUCCAUCAGAAGUAUCAGUUCCUUCAGUUGAAUCAGUUCCUUCACUUCAAUCACAAAAAUCUGCCCCUUCUGUUCAAUCACAAGAGUCUUCAGUUAUUGAAUCUGUUCCUCCUCCACAACCACAAGAAUCUCCAGUUCUUGAAAGUAUUCCACCUCCUCAAUCACCAAAAGAAGAAUUAAAAACUGAAUCAAAUAUAAGCGAAAGUAUAGAAACAACUGAAUCUCCAAAAGAAGUACCUUUACCUGAACCAGAAUCACUUCCUGAACCUCUUCCAGAAAGUCCUAAAGAAUCACCUGCAACAGAAGCACUUCCAAAUCCACCCGAAAUUGAACCUGUUUCAGAGGUAUCUGAUUUACCCACACCACCUAAAUCUCCCGUAUCAGAUUCCAUACCAGAACCAGUUCCUGAAUUACCUACAUCACCUGAAAAAAGUUUAGAAUUACCCGCACCUGUCAAUGACGCACCAACACCCGAAACAAAAUCUCCAGAACCCAUAUUGGAACCUCCACAACCAGUAGAAGAUGAACCAAUUCCAAGUCCAAUUCCCCCCGUCACGGAAUCACUCCCUGAAUUAGAUAAAAGUAUUGAAAUUCCUUCAGAAACUCUACCUGACCCUCCAUCUCUAACAGAAUCGUUAUCCACGGAUCAAUCUGCAGAUCUUCCCCCACCACCUCCAGCUGAUGACCAAAUAGUUACAGAAACAGAAAAAAAUACCGCAUUAGCGGUGGAAUCACCACCACCAGCGGAACAACCACCUUCCUGCAAACUUAACGAUCCAGUUCCAUCCUCUCCCAAAGAAGUAACAGACUUGAAUUCUCACGAAUCUGCCCCUGAGCCACUUGCAGAGAAAGUAGAAUCACCACAAGAGGAAAGCAGUCUUCCCUCUCCGGCGCCACCCGCCGAGUCGGUGCCGGUCACCUCAGCGCCUCUUCUUGAUGAGUCAUUGCUCAGCAACAAUGUGGCCCCCGAGAUUAAACAGGAAAAUAAUUCUACUACACCAACUGAAGAAAUAACGAAUGAAACUAAACUAGACGAAAGUCGAGGUGAUGUGCCAAAGACCACGCCAGAAAAAACGGAAAAUGCAAUUCCACCAUCCACGACCACCACUGCUGAAGAAUAAAUAAACUUUCUUCGCACACAUUAUUAUAUUUGAAUAAUUUCAAACAAUACCUGUAUUUAUAUUCAUAAAACUGUGUAAAAAAAACGAAUCAUUUUUAAUAGAAAAAAACUUUUUAC